AUGGAAGAUAUUUUAAAACAUCUUCCAAAAGUUUUAUUAACACUUGAUGCCAGUGAAAAACAACGUGAUCUUGUUAAAAAAGUUUUUCAUAAAAUUUUAACACCAUCUCAUGGUUCUACAAAUCCUACGAAUUCAACAGUGACCCCAAUAGAAUUACUAGUGGCAAUCCAUAAGAUGUCAGUUCCAUUAAAACAAUUGGCUGAAGGAAUACAUAUUUGUUUUUUAUUACCAACUAUUUUUACAUCUCAAGUUUUAGCAGCAGUACUACAUAAUUUAUCAAUAAUGUCUGAAAUGCCUACUUUAUUUAUGAGAACUACUAUUUCAAGUUUUGUGAAUGAAUUAUUGAUACGUCAUAUUAAUCAAAUAUGGGAUAAUGACAUGUUACGUAAAGGGUUUAUUUUAUAUUGUGCAGAGUUUUGUCUUAAGAUACAAUCAAAUAAUUUUUCAUUUUUAUUAGCAUUACCAAAAGCUCAUAUAAUAGAAGUAUUAUCACAACAAGAUCCAAAAUUAAAAAAUUCACUAAAAGAAUAUAUUAAGAGUAUUAAAAAAAUUACCAUUUAG